UCGAAAAACGAUAAACUGGAAGACAAUCCACCCGCCUACAACGAUCAUGCACAGGACACCAUGAUGCUCAGGGGUACACAAUCUGCCGCAGACACACAUUCCAAACCGAAGGGAAACCCCACGAAUUACCUUUCCGUGGUCGGAUCGCAUAGCCCAAUUAAAGGGACCUAUGUCAUUGAUCCAUCGAUGCACGUUCCGUCGUCGUACCUCCCACCCCUCGGUGAAGGCGAGACAGAAGGAGAUCGGAAGAAUUUGCAUUUACACACGCGCGAUGGAAGCGUAGAUGUCGAUAUUUGGUUGGUAGGCCGUCAACAGUACUCGGACAUCCGUAAACGUCGGACGACAUUGCACGUGAGUUCGAGAGACGGUUCCAUUGCUAUCAAAGUGCAUGCAAUAGAUGCUAUCCAACCUUUUUUCCUGGAUGUGUUCACCAGAGACGGACGAAUAACUGUCCUAUUGCCGCGUUCGUUCCACGGUCCCGUCGCACUCACAUCUAGAGAUGGGAGCUGUACACUCUCAGACGAGCUUCUCUGCAACAGCACACCCCUCGGCGUCGCAGACCACACGACCCGAUUCUUUGUGGGGGAUUUCUCCGCUGUGCCUGACUCCGCAUCCCAGUGGGAAGGCUAUGAAUUGAAGGCGGAGACGAGAGACGGGAGGGUAAGAGUCAAGUACGUGGACGAGGACGGACAGUCGGGUCCCAAGCUUGGUCUUUUCAGCAGGAUAUUCUUCAAGUAG